UCUCUGUGAUGCACGCAUGCGCAGUUAGUGUGCACGCAGGUCGCACAGUGUGUCCGUGUUGAGUCCGGCGGCCCGUAGGACAGAGAGCUACAUACCGGCUAUUGGAGGAAGAAAAUCAGCUUUGCGAGCUUUGCUUGGCUCUAGGUUCAAAAUGGCUCAACGAAUACUCCUGAAUCGUUCUCUUGCUCAGUCUGUGAAAGGUUGUAUUGUUCGUGAACAACCCUUUUCCAACCUCAUUGUAAAAGGCACAAAACCACUUCAUCAUGGACCUCUCCAUACGUCUGACCUUAGUUCUCCUUUCUUCUGUGCUGCACGUCACUUUUCCAGAUCUGCCCAAUGCCGAGUCACGUUCAACGUCCAAGAUGCAGAUGACUUUCAAGAACGUGUGGUUUGCAGUGAGACUCCGAUUUUAGUGGAUUUUCAUGCGCAGUGGUGCGGACCUUGUAAAAUCCUAGCUCCGAGAUUGGAGAAAAUGGUUGCGAAGCAUCAAGGAAAAGUGCAGAUGGCAAAAGUGGAUAUUGAUGACAAUACGGACCUUGCCAUUAAAUAUGAGGUAUCUGCCGUGCCAACAGUCCUUGCAAUGAGAAACGGUGGGGUGGUAGAUAAAUUUGUGGGACUGAAAGAUGAAGACCAGCUGGAAGUUUUUCUCAAGAAACUAAUCGGCCCUUAAAAUGAGACUGAAAAACCUUGGCUCCCACAUGUCACCAGCCACUACUGGCAUAGAAUCCAUCUGUUGCAUAACCUAUGUUAGCCCGUUGCCUGAAGAGUUCCCUUAAUUCUUUCCUUUGCCCAUGAAACAAAUGUGACUAGGUGGAAAUCUGCAGUGGGGGCAAUGCGAAUGAGAAGUUAGAUCAUUAUUUAGUCUGUCAAUCAAUAUAUUCUUUAUCUUACAAAGAAUUCUUCAAUCUCCGAUACCCCUACGUAUCAAGUCCAACUGUUUAAAAGAUUUUUAGAAACAAAUGAUCUAGAAAAUGUAAGUGUGCAAGAAAACUUUAACUUCAAUGGUAUAUUUUUGUGCUGUUAGACUAUGCAACCGUGAAAUGAGAAGACCUGUCCAAUAAACACUUUAAAUACUGUGAA